GCUAACGCAUUGGCUGGGCUACAGGCAUCUUGGUGCCAAAUAGGUGGGCCCUACUCGCGCUGGCAGAGGCUCAAGCGAUGGUUGGGGAAAGAACGCGGAGAGGACGAGAGACGGCGAGCGAGAAACAGAAAGAGAAAGAGAGAGAGUUGGAGAGAAAAGGGGAAAAAAGAAGCGGCACUCGGCUCUGCCAGCGGUCGCAUGCGCUCGUCCAACAUUGAUUCGGCUCUCUCUUUUUUUUUCUUCCCUAUUCUGUGCUCUGCUCUCCCUGGCCCCCCCAUCUGUGUGUGUGUGUCUGUGUGUGUCUGUGUGUGUGUGUGUGCGUGCACGAGUCUCGCGCCGGGCCCAGGGAUCAGAACAGACACCACCACCAAUUACACUUUGCCAAGGACUUUUUUUUUUUUUCUCGUAGGUUUUUUGGAAAGCACAAAGGACUGUUUAUUUUAAGUUCCCGUUGUUAAAGUUUUUUUUCUCCCAGAAUGCAAUAGUGUUAACGUUUCUAUUUUUACCUGACAAUUUUUUUUUUUUACUACAACUUUUUAUCCGGCCUUUUUUGUUUUUGUUGUUUUUUUUGUCUAAUGAGCUUCGGCUCGAGUUCCUGCCGCGAAUCUUCAACUUCAUAAAAUCUUUGUUUUUAAAUUUUUCUUCCACCGUUUUUCGUGAGCGUCAUAGUCGGCUAAUUAUUUUUCGUACAACCACGCAAUUUUGAAUUUUUUUCAUCUGCUAAUUCUCCACUCGCUGCCAAACCAGCGCUCGCUUUACAUUCGAGAGGCAACAACAACAAAAAAAAACUGGUGCUAGAGAUCUUUUUUUUUUUUUUUUUCACUCUCCACACCGUGCCAAAUUUAUGAUGAGAGUGCAAAAUGGUAACUACCAGGCCGUCUGUCCUCCUGUAGCAGUGUGUGGUUCUCUGUGGUGAUUUCUGUCUGCUCUCAGUUUGUUGUGGAAAUGUGAGUCUGGUCGGAGCUCCCCUUUGCCUGGUAGCACCGAUAGGAAAUGGUAUGGCUGAUCUUCUAGCAGCACAUUUCAACAGUGGUCUUGUGGCGGCAAAGCUUGGCGGUGGUGAGCGACCGGUGUGUGGCAACCCUGGCACAGGAGCGCUGUGGAGAGAUCUGGGCUUUGUUGCCCAGAGAUAUGUGGUGAAGGAUGAAUUUCAUCCCUUCAUCGAGGCCCUCCUCCCCCAUGUCCGUGCCUUCUCCUACACCUGGUUCAACCUGCAGGCCCGCAAGCGCAAGUACUUCAAGAAGCACGAGAAGAGGAUGACCAAGGACGAGGAGCGCGCGGUGAAGGACGAGCUGCUGGGGGAGAAGCCAGAGAUCAAGCAGAAGUGGGCCUCGCGCCUGCUGGCCAAGCUGCGCAAGGACAUCCGGCCCGAGUUCCGCGAGGACUUUGUUCUCACCAUCACGGGCAAGAAGCCGCCCUGCUGCGUGCUGUCCAACCCCGACCAGAAGGGCAAGAUCCGCCGCAUCGACUGCCUGCGCCAGGCCGACAAGGUGUGGCGGCUGGACCUGGUGAUGGUCAUCCUGUUCAAGGGCAGCCCCCUGGAGAGCACGGACGGGGAGCGGCUGGUCAAGUCGCCCCAGUGCUCCAACCACGGCCUGUGUGUCCAGCCGCACCACAUCGGAGUGACGGUCAAGGAGCUGGACCUCUACCUGGCCUACUUCGUCCACUCACCAGCGGUGUGA